UGGCUUUUAGUUUUAAUUGACCGUCAAACCUUACAAAACCAAAGCAGGCAAACAGCAAGGGGAUGAUGGCUACCACACUUCCUCCUUUUCCAUACAAAAUCCCCACUCCUGUAACUACCAUUCCUCAGUUUCCAGAGAACCCAAAAACCUUAAUCUUAAAACAAUGCAAAACAAUCAAAGACCUGAACCAAGUCCACGCCCAUCUCCUCAAAACACGUCGCCACUUGGAUCCCACAGUCAUCGAGAACUUACUCGAAUCGGCCGCCCUCCUCCUUCCCGCUACAACUAUGGACUAUGCGCUUUCCAUUUUCGACAAAAUCGAGGAUCCCGAUUCGUCGGCUUAUAAUACCAUGAUAAGGGCCUUUACAGCGAAGCAAGUUCCUCAAAAAGCCUUGACCUUGUUCAAACAAAUGCUCGAAAACGCAGUGCCAUUUAAUGAAUUCACUUUUGCUUGCACUCUAAAAGCAUGUUCUAGAUUGCGCUGGAGAAAAGAGGGAAAACAGAUUCAUGCCCAGAUAGUGAAAUGUGGAUUUGGGUCUAAUUGUCUUGUUUUAAACACCUUGAUACACGUCUAUGCAAAUUGUGGUGAAGUUAAGAUAGCUAGGAAAGUGUUUGACCAAAUGCCCAAGAGAGAUAUCUUUGCAUGGAAUUGUAUGCUUUCAGGUUAUGCUAAGAGUGGGUAUUAUGAGGAUGUUGUGAAGUUAUUCUAUGAAAUGAGGGAAUUGGGUGUUGGGUUUAAUGAUAUUACGUUGGUCAGUGUCUUGGCGGCUUGUGGCAGAUUGGCUGAUAUAGAAUUGGGAGAGUGGAUUGCAGGGUACAUAAGGGCAAAUGUACUUGAAGAAAAUAAGAAACUAGUUACUGCUCUGGUUGAUAUGUAUGCAAAAUGUGCUGAGGUGGAUAAGGCACAGAGUUUGUUUGACCAAAUGGAUGGAAAGGAUGUCGUUGCUUGGAGUGCUAUGAUUUCUGGUUAUAAUCAAGCAGGGAGAUGCAAGGAGGCGCUUGUUCUUUUCAGUAAGAUGCAAAAGGCAAAUUUGGAACCCAACGAGGUCACUAUGGUGAGUGUGCUCUCUUCUUGUGCUGUGCUAGGAGCUCUGGAGACCGGUAAAUGGGUUCACUUGUAUAUUAAAAAGAAGAGGAUGAAGCUGACUGUCACACUAGGAACAGCACUAAUAGACUUUUAUGCAAAAUGCGGAGUAGUAGAUAGUGCAAUUGAAGUGUUUCAAGUGAUGCCUUUGAAAAAUGUGUACUCAUGGACGGCCCUAAUUCAGGGUCUUGCUAAUAAUGGGCACGGAAAAAGGGCUCUGGAGUUCUAUCGAUUGAUGAGGGAAAAAAAUGUUGAACCAAAUGAUGUGACUUUCAUUGGACUUCUUUCUGCUUGUAGUCAUGUGGGCCUGGUUGAUGAGGGUCGUGAGUUUUUUGACAGUAUGAGUAAAGAAUUUGGUAUUGAACCAAGGAUGGAACACUAUGGUUGCAUGGUAGAUAUCCUUGGUAGAGCUGCAUUGAUCGAAGAGGCUUAUCAGUUCAUAAAGGAAAUGCCCAUCCAACCCAAUGCCGUUAUUUGGAGAACAUUGCUGGCUUCUUGUAGGGCUCAUAUAAAUGUUGAGAUUGGGAAGGAAGUGGUAGAACAUCUGGUUAGUUUGGAGCCUAUGCAUUGUGGGGAUUACAUUCUGUUGUCUAAUAUUUAUGCAUUGGCGGGGGGAUGGGAAGAUGCGAUAAGGACUAGGACUCAAAUGAAAGAGAAGGGAAUCAAGAAAACACCUGGUUGUAGUUGGAUUGAGUUGGACGGAGAGAUUUAUGAGUUUUUAGCAGAAGAAAAAGCAUAUCGGAUGAAGGAAGUUUAUAGCGCGACAGAGGACAUGAUGGAACGAAUCAAAUCAGCUGGAUAUGUUCCCAAUAUAGCAGACGCGAGACUGGAUGCAGAGAAAGACGAUAAGGAAACUGCAGUGUCUCAUCACAGUGAGAAGCUAGCCAUUGCAUUUGGUCUUAUUAAAACUCCUCCUGGUACUACAAUUAGAAUAUCAAAAAAUCUCAGAGUAUGUACAGACUGCCAUAAUGCAACAAAAAUAAUAUCAAAGGUAUAUAAUAGAGAAAUUAUCGUCAGGGAUAGAAAUCGCUUCCACCACUUCAAAGAGGGCUCAUGUUCCUGCAACGACUACUGGUAAAACUGGAUACUGCUUGUUGGUCAAUAACUUACUUGGAUUUUAAACCACAAUGAUUGUAUCCCAUUAGAAAUGAAAUUCGUUUGAUCUUAGUUUAUACACAUGGUUCCAAUUAAUUGAAAAAAAUAAUUCUUAUUGGUUCUUGAAUCUAA